GUAAUCUCGAGGCAUAGAAGUCUGGUAGUUGUGGGUUGAUAUCAGGGCAUUCUGUGCCUUUUAAGGAUUUCUCUCUAUUUUGCUAGUCAGACAUUUUAAAUUUGCACUUUUAUUAGCAAUGGUGAGGGACGGUGAUUCUUCGGUGAUCCUCUUUUUGAUCACGAUGUUUACACAUUUAGCCUUGUUUCCACCAAUGUAUAUCUACUACCAGCGAGGGUGUUUUUUUGAGCUUUCGGCUGCACUCUUCGGUUUUGUAGCCUCCUUCAUGUAUCACACCUGCGAAGAUUUUGACAUGAUUAUCUUCUUGUCGGAAAGGCAGUGGCACCGACUAGACAACAUUGGGGUUCUCACCACACUCGGGGUGUUAUUUGUCUUUCUCGCUCGUUUCACUAACAAGACGGUAGAGAGGCUUUGGACCUAUUCGGUCGUUUUCAUCACAAUCAUUGUCCAGCAGAAGCAUCCGUGGGAUGUGCGCCUCACUGUAGCUCCACUUCUCAUGUUCUUUCUGAUACCUGUCGUAAAUCAUUGCUUCAUCAAUAGAUAUUUACCGUACAUUAACAAGCGCAACUUCUUAGUCGGUGUUGGUUUCCUAGGAGUAGCGACUCUAUUUUUUGUGAAAGGUCUUGACGAUGACGACCCAUAUCGUCUGUUUCACGGCUUGUGGCACUUUUUUGGCGGCAUCAGCUUUACAUUCCUAAUGUGUACGUUUAGCUCUUCCGCCCCCUCCAAAAGCGGCGCAAAGUACACACGGGAUUUCCUUAGAAGCAACUAUGAUAGCCUUUAAUUAUUUGGAAUUUUGUCACGCUAACAUUAUUUAAAAAGGUAAGAGGACGGCUCCCGUUGAGCCGUCGUGAU